AAGUUUUUAAAAAACGGUCGCCCUAAUCAAGCAAUUUGACAUGAAUGCCCCUGACAAUUCCCAAUCCCUCGCCCUAGCAUUCACGCCGUCGCGCAAGGGGAAUCCCCUGCGGCAAAAUUGCUCCCUUCCUUUCUCAACGCUUCGGCCUUCCCUCUCCUUCCUCGCCGGCGACGGGGUGAGCAACAACAGCCAUCCUCCAUGGCCUUCUCUCUCCUUCCUGAACAGCGACGGCGCCUCCAUCCUCAACGGCGACGGGGCGGAGCAGUUGGGAGAAUCGAGGGAAAGGAAGGGAGCGAUUUCCAUUUGGAACAACGACGAUGGUGAUGAGGAUGAUGAUGACAACGACGGGGAAAGAGCGGAUCAGAUCCGCACGCUCGCCGACCGACGGGGAGCAAUUUUGCCGCCGCCGACGGGAUUUACUUGGGAGAAUCGAGGGAAAGGAAGGGAGCAAUUUUGCCGCAGGGGAUUUCCGUUUGGAACAACGACGAUGGUGAUGAGGAUGAUGAUGACGACGACGGGAAAAGGGCGGAUCAGAUCCGCACGUUCGCCGACCGACGGGGAGCAAUUUUGCCGACCGACGGGAUUUAGGGCGAUGUCUCGGCGGUGGCUGCCGUUGUUCUAUUUCUGCUUGGGGGCGACAUAUUUUGGGAAUUGGGGUUUUUGGGAAUUGGGGGCGGAUAGGGAUAGAAUUGUCCGUUUAGUUAUUUAGGGCGUUAAAUUUUGAAAACUUAGGUCUGUGAAUAGGAACCCAGAAAUAUAAUGGGUGCGCCUAGUGCAUGUCAUUGUAACUUGCACUUUUCGGUCGACCUCAGUUAGAAUUAGGUCAACCUAAUAUGUUUUUACAUGCUUACUUUGGAGCAAGGUUGUCAAACCGGUUUAUACCGUUGUGCUGGUUUGGCAAGUGGAAUGGUACGACCGGUGGUAUAACCAGUUUGUGCCGGUUCAUGCCGGUUAAAAAAAAUGUGAAAAUAAUUAAUAUCUAAUGUAUUUAAUCAUAUAUAAAACAUAUUUGUGGACAAUUUAGUUACAAUCCAACAAAUAUCAUCAACUUUUAGCUAUUACAUUCAUAAAAUGAAUUCAUUAAAUUCAU